AGAAGAUGCCGAUAAGAGUGUCGGGAAAUUAUAGUACAGAGACGGUAUGAUUCCCCACGAUUUCCAUCAGUAUCUGACGGGCUCUUCCCCGAACUUUACUUGUACUGUGGUAUCUCAACACCGACAGUCCGGGCUCCGUUACCGGCUUUGUAAUGCUAGCACGUCAUUUGCCGAACGCCCUCCGCGAUAAAUCAACCCCGGAUUGCGAUAUCGAUUCGCGCGCCCUAAGUCUGGUUCUCUUAUCUUUUUCUCCCCCUUUGUUGUCUUAUCUCUGGCGAGCUUCACCUACUUUUUUCUUGCCUUUUUGCUGUUGAAAGGUUCAUUGCUACCCGAAGAGAAAGGAAGGACAAAGGUGUUUGUGAUCACCCCGCCAAAUUGAAGAGAUGGACGCUCUUGAGCUGGAGACGGCCAAGCAGAGCCCUACAAUUGAGACGGCCAAGGAUCUUUUCUCUGGUGCUGUUGGAGGAAUUGCACAGGUCUUGAUUGGUCAGCCCUUUGACAUUGUCAAGGUCCGACUCCAAACUACAACGCAAUACUCCUCUGCCAUCAACGCCGCCACCACAAUCUACAAGAACGAGGGUGCCCUCGCCUUUUACAAGGGAACGCUUACACCACUCAUCGGUAUCGGAGCCUGUGUUUCCGUUCAAUUCGGUGCCUUCAACGCCGCGAAGCGCUGGUUCCAAACUCGCAACAACGGAGCCGAACUGUCUUAUCCUCAAUACGGUGCCGCGGGUGCGUUUGCUGGCGUCUCCAACUCGGUCCUCUCAGGUCCCAUCGAGCAUAUCCGUAUCCGCCUUCAGAGCCAGCCUCAUGGCGCCGGUCGUCUAUACGAUGGUCCUGGUGACUGUAUUCGUAAACUCGGAGCUCACAAUGGUGUUCUGAGUGGCAUCUACCGCGGUCAGGCUGUCACCAUCUGGCGAGAGGCUUUCGCCUACGGUUCCUGGUUCACUGCCUUUGAGUAUAUGAUGAACUCGGACGCUGCUCGCAAUAAGAUCGACCGCAAGGAUAUCCCUGCUUACAAGAUUGCUCUUUACGGUGGUCUUGCUGGCGAAGUUCUCUGGCUUUCCAGCUAUCCCUUCGAUGUCAUCAAGAGCAAGAUGCAGACCGACGGCUUCGGUGCCAACCAAAAAUACGCCACUAUGCGAGAUUGCUUCGCAAAGACUUGGCGAGCCGAGGGGGCGGCUGGCUUCUGGAAGGGUAUCGGACCUACCCUGGCGCGAGCUAUGCCUGUCAGCGCGGGAACUUUCAUUGUUGUCGAGAUGACCAUGCGAGCUCUUAACAGCUAAACAAAAGCGAACAGUGCGGAAAACAGAAUCUGGUUGAUCUUUUGAUGCAAUAAAACGUAUUGGGGGGUUCAAUGGUUAGAACAAAAAGGGAAAUGAUAUUUUUAGAAGGUCACGGAGAGAUUCAACACGUGAGGCACGAGCGAUAGACCUUGGAGAAAGGCAUCGAAUGCGUGAUAAUAUACCCAAUCUUAAUCUAUUUCGUUUUACCACCCUACGUUCUCGUUGUUCUCUACACGACGCUGCAGAAUGUUUCUUGCGCCUUGCGGUGAUAACCCUUCAAGAUGG